AUGUCCGUGCGUGGCGUGGAACGUCCGAGUCUGACAUGGCAAAGGAGGACGGAAGCUCUGUAUCAAGAGAAUGUAAAUCUCAAGCAGCAACUGGGCGCAAGUCGGUCUCCUCCAGAAUCAGUCAUUGAUCAGAAUGCCCGUGAGGACACGCUUGAACCAGCUGCGAAUCCGCUGUCGAAUCCUGCGAUGUCGACCUCGAACUCGGUUCUGAACAAUGGAGGGUCCGACUCUGCUAGUCUCUUGCCCCGACCUCUGACGGCAGAAGCAGAUGUGAAUUUCCCUCCUUCCUGGAAUCAACCAUUUGCUCAAGCCUCGACACGACAAUCUCCCAAUCCAACCGCGACCGUUUCUCGCUCUCUUGCAGGAAUGACGGUUGAAGCAGAUGAGAUUGAUGAGAUUUUCAGACUGUACUUUGCACAUUAUCACUCCCACCUUCCUUUCCUCGACCCCAACAUCUCACCAAAUAGCUACUACGACCAAUCUUCUUUGAUCUUCUGGGCCAUUAUAGGCGUAGGUGUGCGUCGAUAUACUGCAAAUCCAACGUUGUUUGGAUCUCUCGCCGAGCCGAUUCUUCAUCUGCCCUGGCCACCUCUCCACCCGACGCCCGCCGUGAUUCCAGCAAUCCAAGGACUCCUACUCCUGUCGUCAUUCCCAUUUCCUACCGACUCGACAUCCAAAGACACCUCUUACACCCUGUCCGGCAUGGCGAUCAACCUCGCCCUGCAAAUUGGUCUGCACGUGCCCACGUUUUCUCAGGACUACAGCAGAUCCAAAAUGACCUUGACACAACAAGACAUACAACGGCGCCUGCAACUUUGGUUCCAUUGUAUUGUCGUGCAUCAGAAAGCCGCGUGCGGAUUAGGUUACCCGAUCAUGGUAUCUCCCGAUCAACUCCAAAGAUCAAUGGACCCGCGUGGUCUCACGGACUCGAUGACUCCUUUGCUGUUGCUUGAGAUGAGACUGGCUAGUCUUCUAAGCCGGAUCAACACACUCUUUUCGCCGUCAAUGUUUCGUGUCGAAGAUGCUCAGGAUAAGCAUUCCCGGUUUGCGCGAGAAAUGAUGUCUGACACGUUUGAAAAUCAACUGGAUGAACUUGAGUCGGAGCGGAAACUAUCCGAACUCGAAAAACUCUACAUCAACAUAACACGUCUCCAAAUUCGAGUCCAUUGCCUUCAAGAUCGCGAGAACCCAGCGACAAGCGUCAAAGUGACUCAACUGGGGUUAUGCGCCACGUCCAUUAUCGAAUCCAUUGAACGGCUCGAGGUUGAAAUGUCCCUGAUCCAACACUGUCCGCACUACAUAUUCCGCAUCGCGGCUCUCGCAGCGUCUGUCCUUCUCCGCCUCUCGAAACAAUCUCGACCGCCGCCGCCGACCUCGACGUCACGAAAGACUAGCAUCGGAGGUGUUAAUGGUAUCAGCGGCGGCAGUGACGACUACAAUAACAACGACAGCGCUAACCGCCAACAGUACGCCAGACAGCAAUACAAGACGUAUUUCUUCCAGACGAUAUCCCUACUGAGGAAAAUGUCGGUCGAGAGCAACGACAUGCCCAGCCGAAUGGCCAAGAUCUUUUCACAGCUCUGGAGCAUCGACAAAAUUUUCGAGCAGACCAAUACUGUUAAUGCCGCCGCGGCGGCGGCGGCAACGACUUCUUCGUCCACUGGAGCUGUUGUCGUUGACGGUGUAAGUCCAGGAGACGAAUCUGGUUCAUCGUCAGCAUCAUCUUUGUCCGCAGCAUCCCCUCUGAUAGUACAAAGUCGAUUGUCCAUGAGCGUUUUGCAUGAUGCCAUGUGGAGAUGGAAAGAUCGGUUCAAAUGGGCCGGUCAAAAGCAGCAUCAGAAUCAGAAUCAAAAUCGUCAUCAUCAUGAUAGUAAUCAGCACCAGCACUACCACCAACAACAACAACACCACCACCAGGGCCGUCAGAGUUCGAGAGGCAUGGCUAUAGCACAAGAAAAUCACGCCCACCACGACCGCCGUUCCUCCAUGGCCGCCACACCGAGCAUGACAACCAACAACACUUCGGCGAACGCGAACAUGGCCGCCAGCCCCCCGACAUCGGAGAAUCAAUUCCCCAGACCAUUGUCCACCAUCCCACCUGCGUCGUCCUCUUCUGUCACAGGGGGAUACGUUGGUACUCCCGCUUACAAUUUCCCGGCGGUGAACAUGACCCCUGAUGUCGGUACGGACGGUAGUCUCAACGGCGGUGGUGGUGGCGGCGGUAGUGGUGGUAUGAUGAUGUCGUUCGUCGACGGUUUUUCACCGUUGGGUUCGUUACCGUGGGAGUCGGCGACGAAUCAAGAUUUUGAGAUGAUGAUACAUAGGUUUCCUGAAUCGUGGCCUGUAUGA